CCCUGCACGGAGAUAGUGCUCUAGCCCAGCAAGCAGAGCUCACUGGGAGGCGGUGAGAGCGCACGGGAGCUGUUUCAGCUCCCGGUGCCCAGAGCCCCAGCUCAUGAAUGAGAAUCCACCCUGAGAGCCCCCUCCGGGGCCUGGGUCCCCAACGAAGGAAGCUCCCUAGCCCAAGGCUCUGAGCGGCUACCCGCGCAAGUUGGGCGAGUUGGCAGCAGCCCUCGCCUGCCUCCUGGCCGGUGGGGCCCCAGAGUCUGCGUCCGGCCUCAGGACCCUGUUGGACGCUCCGCCGCCUCCCGCAGUGGCCCCAGAUGGCCCAAGGGCCCCGCCUGCGCCCCUGGCGCUAGACCAUGGUGGGCAGCUCGGCCCGGAGCCGCAGCCACCUAGAGCCCAGGUCGCCGGCAGCCAGCCCCCGCCCCACCGGAGCGGACACGCGGGUGAUCACAGCGCACCGGUUACUUCCUUCCUCAGCCGGGAUGGGCCCCGCUGACUGAGCGAUCAGCCUCCUGUCCGCCGGUAAUCCCCAUCGGAUCUGCUGCCUGGGAGCCAUCGAUUGCCGGGGGUGCGAACCUGGGGCCGGCCUGGCGGAGAUGACCUGAUCCAGCUCGCCCGCCCGGGCACCUCCUCCUUCCUCUGCUCCCUCCGAGUCUGAGUCUGUGCCGAGACCGGCUCUGCUGCCUGCGGGAGGACCAUGGCGGGGAGCUCCAGUUAAAGGCGUGUGGGCGCCCGCUGGAGAGGACACCUUCAGCAUCGCUGCCUUUUGAGGGGGCUUAUUCCAACGACUGAGUCAUUCCAGAUUUAGGAUUCCCUAAAUACUCACCGACUGUGCCCGUUUCCUGCCAGAAAGCCAGCGGAAAAGAAAGAGCACCCGGUCUCGGGACCCCGGUAUCCCCGCUCCCGCGGGUUGCUCCCUGAGGAGUGCCUAGCCCUCGAGGAUCUCCCUCCCUCCCUCCCUCCCUCUCUCUCCUUCCUCCCCAACCCCUCUUUCCCUCCCUCCGCCCCAGCCUCCUGCCCUCUUUGCAGCGCUGCUGGCUGGCGGGGAGUCCGCUCACCGCAGAGGUUCCUAGCUGCCCCCUCCCCGAGCCCCUGCCCUGCCUCCUGCUCACGGCUCCCACUGCGCGCCUCUCCGAAUGUGAGAAAGGCGGCUGGAGCCAUGCAGUUCUCAGACCUCACCCCGCCGGGAAGGACCUCCUCAUCUCCAGAACUGCGGGCCGCAGGGAGUUAAAUUGCUGCCUUGCUCGCCUUCUCUCUUGCGGUUGGUGGCUUGUUCUCGAAAGGAACGUUUUAUUCACUUUUUAAGUAUUGUCCACGGGGGCAAGCCUCCGUGGCUGGGCCAGACCCUGCUUUCUAACCGGGUUUUGUCUGAUGUCUGUGUAGAUAAUACUUUGGACACCUUGCAACGCUUGCGCCUCUGCAACAGGGGCACGGCUGGUUGUUUCGCACAUCUUUCUUCCCUUCCACUGGGUACUCUGAAGGCGGGGUGACCAACUCCCCAGAGCCCCUUGGACUCUGAUCGCUCGGGGCGCACGAGUCUAGUUAGCAGGAAGGCCUGGGAGCGCCCCGCCCCCGCCCCCUCCGCCAGCUGUUGGGGGAAGUUUACAUCUGGAUUCUCACACGUUUUGGCGCUGCCGCCAGACUCUGAUAAAGCUUGUGGGCGCGGGUUUUCGGAACUGCAGCCUUUUCAAACGUUAGCACUGCCUCCCGCGCCUCCAGGCCCCGAGGUCCUGCCCUAGCCCCCGGAGAGCAAUCCUGAGGGCGCAGUGGAGCCCAGGGCCGGUGUCCCUCACUGAGCCGCUAUGGCUGCGGCUAUAGCCAGCUCCCUGAUCCGGCAGAAGCGACAAGCCAGGGAGUCCAACAGCGACCGGGUGUCGGCCUCCAAGCGCCGCUCCAGCCCCAGCAAAGACGGGCGCUCCUUGUGCGAAAGGCACGUCCUCGGGGUAUUCAGCAAAGUGCGCUUCUGCAGCGGCCGCAAGAGGCCAGUGAGGCGGAGACCAGAACCCCAGCUGAAAGGAAUUGUGACAAGGUUAUUCAGCCAGCAGGGAUAUUUCCUGCAGAUGCACCCAGAUGGUACCAUUGACGGGACCAAGGACGAAAACAGCGACUACACUCUCUUCAAUCUAAUUCCCGUGGGCCUGCGUGUGGUGGCCAUCCAAGGGGUGAAGGCCAGCCUCUAUGUGGCCAUGAAUGGUGAAGGCUAUCUCUACAGCUCAGAUGUUUUCACUCCAGAAUGCAAAUUUAAGGAAUCUGUGUUUGAAAACUACUACGUGAUCUAUUCUUCCACACUGUACCGUCAGCAAGAAUCAGGCCGAGCAUGGUUUCUGGGACUCAAUAAAGAAGGUCAAAUUAUGAAGGGGAACAGAGUGAAGAAAACCAAGCCCUCGUCACAUUUUGUACCAAAACCUAUUGAAGUGUGUAUGUACAGAGAGCCAUCGCUACAUGAAAUUGGAGAAAAACAAGGGCGUUCGAGGAAAAGUUCUGGAACACCAACCAUGAAUGGAGGCAAAGUUGUGAAUCAAGAUUCAACAUAGCUGAGAACUCUUCCCUUUGUCCCUCUCUCAUCCCUUCCCUUUCCCCUUCUCCUUUACCCAUUUUCUUCCAAUAAAUCCACCCAAGGAGAGAAAAAUAAAAUGGCAACACAGGACCUAGUGGCUUCCAAAAUCUUCCUUUGUGUAGGACAGGAAAAUUGAACCCAAGCUUUCCUGUUGCAGCGUGGUAGAAAAUGCACAUGCACAAAGAUUAGCACACAUAUAAGCAAGGGGGAAAUAAAUAAAGACUCCACAAACAUUAAAGUAAAUUGUGCAUUUAUUACUAGAAGGCUAAUUGUAAUGAAGACAUAACUGUAAUAAAGAAGAAAUAAAGUUACUACCUUAAAGAAAAGGGCUUUGUAGAAUUGAACUUACAAAUUGAUGUAAUACCCUAAAUAGCUUAAGCUCUUGGUAAUGCUGUGAUGAGUGCUUUGUUUUGAUUUUGUAUUUUCUUUGGGUAUCUGAAAUUAACACAUUAUUACAUCCUGUUUUCAGGAUGUUUUUAAACCAUGAUAUUGAACAUUUACUUAUAGAUUUUUAAUGCCUCGAAAAUAUGUAAUAAGGAAUCACUUAACAUCAAGAAAAAUUUAAAAAUUUAUUUUUGAAGUUAUUAUUUAAAAUUGUUUUAGACAAAGGAUAGUCUUCUGUUGAAUCUAAUGGUAUUAACAAAUUUAAUUCCAUCAUAAAAAGUUUCAGAUUCUCUUAAGAGAUUGUCAUAUUUUUAUCAAAGAUAUUAACCUAGGAUCUCAUUUUUUUUUUAGUAAUUUAGAUAAUUUUUUUUCUAAGACUGAAGUAAAUUUUUGGAAUUAUUUGUUAUUACCAUGCCUGGGCAAUGAUGUACAAUUUACAUGCUCUUACUAUUUGGUCUGAUUUUUGACUUUGUGGACAACUUUGAGAGUAUAGGUGCAUGUCUAGUUGUCUUAGAGAGAAUUUUUAUCAUCUCUUGCAGCAGGAAAGAAGGAAGAGGAAUUUUACAUAAGAAAAUACACCCUAGAAAACUGGUCAAACCAAAUUAUGUCUGCCUUUGUAACUUACCAGAGUUUUAUGUAUACGGCAUUUUCCAAACUCUGCCAUGAUGUUGGGAGGCAUGGCUGUGAAAUUCCUAACUUACUAUUUUAUGAAGCAGAUGGAUACAUAUCCUUGUUUAUAAGUCGAGGUGACAAUAAGUGUGUUUCCUUGGGAAUUUGUAAUAGACUUAAUUUUUCUGGGGUUUAGAGGAACAAUAUGGAAUUGACAGCUAUGGUUUCAACAGACAGGGUUGUAUGAGCAGCUUAAAGUAGUAAAAAAAAAAAACCUCAGUGUAAGGCAAAUGCAUAGUUAGGAAUACUGAAGUAUUAGAAAAUAUUAGGGAAGAAAUUAACAUUAUUCACUUGCCUUGGAACAAAUAGAUCUACUUAGUCCUACAAAUCAGGAAUGGUGUAGAGACAUCCAAAUUAAAGUAAAACAAAACAGAAUGUUAGAAAAAUGUAUGCUGAUUCAUGGAUAUUAUUAAGAAGACUUAGCAUGUUACUUCUCCUGUAAUUCUACUGUCUGGCAUGUAUUGCUCCAAAUAUUACUCCCUAAAAUGUAUACUCUUUGAAGACACUCUAGGUCCUCACUUCAAUGACCUUGCCAUUGGUUGCUGUAUUCUUUCAAGGUCACCACAGUUUCUCUCACUCUACACAAUCAUUAUUCUCCAAUAGUGGUUCCUGUACUUCACCAAGUAUUCUAUUAAUGUUAUCAGGAGAUUAGCAGAAAACAAAAUGGAAGAAUUUGCCUAAUCAAUUGCAAAGGAUGAAAGUUAUGUAUCUAGGCAAGGAUUUUGAGCACAAAUUUGCAAGAAAUAUUUGUUUAACCAAAAUACUUGGAAAGUAACAAAUAAAGACAUUGAAAUUAAAGAAAAAAGGGAAUGUUGGAAAAGAAUGCCCUUGUAAAAAAAACAAACACACAAACAAACAAACAAAAACCUGGUUGUAUUUCUCCUUGUCACUCUUGAUUCAACUUGAUUAUAAAUGCACCUGUCACUUUCAGGACCAAACAAAUCCCAAGCACAAAGCCUUAUUUUCUUUAAAGACAUAAAAAGGAGACUUCUACAAAAUGGGUCACAGGCUCAUUUAGCAUGAAAUGACUUAUGGGGCUAUGUCCACACCCAUGUAUUCACUCACCACAAACUCAUCAGUGACACCAUUUUCACAAAGUGUUAUCAAUUACUCAGAUAACUUCAUGACAGAAUACAUUUAAUCCAGUUAAAUAUUAUGAAAAAUAUGAUAGAGGUAUGAAUCUCCAAUAGAAUUCUUCCCUGUGUUUUCAGUGGCUGCUUGUUUGUCAUCUAGAGUCAUUUGUUUCCUUCCUAACAGCAGUUAAAAAGCAGAGUUCUAACUCCCCAAUUUCUAUAUAUUUUUUUCCUCUAUAGCAUUUAAGCAAACGUUCAUCACAGUAAAAAUGUUUUGGAUGUUAGCUUUGUCUUAGUUACAGUUAAGUUAGAGAAUAAGUCAGAAACAUAUUACAUUAUCACAUGAACCUGACUGUGGUUUAGAGCACAGGUGAGCAUUUGCUUAACUACUGCUUCCUUUGUGAGCACCCAAAACCUGUCAUAGAAAAUGUCAGUAUUCACAGUCUAGGUUUUUUUUUUUAAAAAAAAUUAGCAAUUGUAAACAUAAUUAUCUGGUUUUCUCCAAAAAUAUGAGCCAGUUUAAAUAGUUUAUUUUCAGGUUUAUUCAAGUAAAAUAAUUCUUUACUUUGAUAUAUUCAUUAUUCCAAAUUCUGGGUCUCAAUUCAUCCCUCAAUUAUUCUCCUAUAAGUGAAGUAAGCGUUUUUAAAAAAUUAAUUCUCAGGAGAAACAUAACUUCUAGCAAAGCUUUGUAAUUGGCUCUGUACCUAUAUGUUAAUACAUGGUUAGCCCAAGAGUCCUUAUUAUAACAUGUUUUGAAAUCACUGGGCUUAAGAAUGAGGACAAAACUUUUGAGACUCUCACAAAAUAGUUUUCUGGUCAAUAUACCCAACUUGCUUGUUAAGCUAGAAGUUUGAGGUCUUGAAACAAAAUGGUGUUUUAGCUCCAUUUGCUAAUUCAGAGACUUUUGUGACUCUGGAAACUGGAGGACAGCAAGCAAACCUAUUUGUGAUCGCAGUAAUAGUUUGGGUUGUGGAUUUUACAUAUGAAUUUUAUAGCACAUUUUUAGCCACAAAGACCUGGCCCAAUAAAGAGAUGUCAAUUGAUUAACAUUGUGAUGCCUUAUGGACCUCCUUAUAACCCAGAUAGCUUUUUAGAAGAACUGUGUUGAAGACAAUGACAAUGCUGUAGAUAGGUAUUAUAUAUAGAUGGGUGAGCUUGUGGUGCCUCUAGAAAGAGAUGAGAAUAUUAAGAUAAAGUCAAAGGAUCAAGAAUGGCUUAACAUGUAUUGAAAAGUUUGACGGUCCUAACUUAGGACCACUGAUUUCUUGGUGAAGAAGCAUGACUACAUCAACAGUAAUUUUUUUUAAACACAGACCCAGAAAUAAUGAAUCUAUUAUUGCACUUUUAUGGCUUAAUGUACCAGGCCUUGCUCUGAGAAGGGUUUCCAUGAAGUUGCUUCAUUUCAUCUGCACAAGGUGAAACACAUUCAAGCAUAAAAAAAUUCCCUGCUCAUUGUAAUAUCAUAAAAAGCUGAGAUUGUAAAUAGCGUUUUUUAAAAAUCAGAAUCACAUUUAAAACAGUGGAUUGUUCUACAAAUAUAUAUGUGUAAAUAAAUAUACAUAUGCUUCUGAAAUAAGGACUAAUUAUAUAGAAUUUUUAUUUGAUUUGUGGUAUUUAGUUAUAGGUAAUCAAAAAUAAAGAGAUUUGAAUGUAAGACUUUAUAUAUAAAUGUAUAUUUCUAAUGAUAGUAUAAAUUGCCACUUUAUAAUAAAAGAAGAAACAGGUGGGAACACUAGUCAAAGCACAUGCUCCUUCAGAACUUCACGAUCUGAAUCCCCUUUUUGAUGCAGAGGCAAUUAUUUUUUUAUUUCUAAAAAGUUAUAUUAUAAACCUAUACUUCCUGAAACAGAUUCCAUGAUAAGUCACAGCAAAUUGAAAAUUUAUGUUUGAGGGCAGGAAAAAGAUGCUAAACUCUGAUCUUUAUUUUUUCGGGAUUUUUUCCUGGAGCCCAAGUUAAAUAUUCAAUAUGUAAGAUCUAAAAUAAGUGAAAAUUGGUCAUGUUCAGAGAUGGCAUGUUGAUUUUUGGUAUCAAACAGAAGCAAAAAUAUAUUUGACAUUAUACUAAUAGCAUAAAAUAAUGUCAUAGAUUUCACCAUUAGAUGUUUUAUUAGUUGGAAAGAAUGAAUUGAAGCUUCUUUGUCUUUGCUCCAAGCACAACCUAAAAAGACAGUGACAUUCAUUUCACUGAAAGUUGUUCAAAAGUCCAAAAUAUACUCCCAUGAGUAGAAUCGGUAUUAGCUCCAUUACAAGGUUCAAUGUUGCAGUCUUAAGAAAUUAUUGACACUGAAAUGUUUAAUAAACAUGUUGUAUGAGAAACUGAACAAAUUCAUGUUUUGUUUUUGCAUUAAAGCACAGACUAUUCAAAUUAUGGCUUUUUGAGAUCAGAUUUGUAAAAUGUUUAUACAUCCCAACCUUCCUAAACUAAAAAGCAAUUAUAAUCUUGAUAUGCUCAUGCAUGUACAUAAAAUACUUGCACUUUUUUUACAUUAAAUUUCUUUGGGAAGUGUC